CUCGAGAGAUGGAUGCCCUUUUUGUCUCCCGCGCCCUGCCUGCCCUCAUUCCUCCACCUCGAGAAUUUCCGCGCUGCAACCUCUUUCGUCACUCUUGACGCGACGCUACGCACGCACGCACGCACUCAUCAUAUAAGGUUCAUCCAUGGUCUCGGUCCGGGCCGCGUUUACGGACGCUUGGCGCUCCUGGCGGGUCGAAGCGGGCGACGAUCCGUCUGUGCUGCCCGACCCGCUCGAUCGAGCCAGCGAGCGGCGUCGACGCCAACGAGGACGGGGGCAGUCGGGCACCAGCGGCGGCGGCGGCGGCGGCGGCGGGCGCGCGGGCAGGCUCAAGGUGACGCUCAGACGCGGCGGGGCGAAGCGUAGCGAGGCUCCGGGCGGCUUCGUGGCCGAUGAUGAUGAAGAAACAGCAGCAGCUCCUCAGGGCGGCUUUUUGCCAGAUAACGAUGAGGAGGGAGGCGGUGGAGGCUUCUUGCCAGAAGGAGAUGGAGAAGCAAGUGCUGCUGCUGCUGCGGGCGGAUUCAUGCCCGAAGGGACAGACGAAGAGGAAGAGGAGGGGGAAGGAGAAGAAGGGACAAGGAGCGAGCCGACGCAUAUACCGCUAUCGCAUAUUCCGUUUGCGCUCGAGAAUCUGUCCCUUGCGUCGAACGAUGAGCAGGUGCUGGAGCUCUUUGCCGAGAGGGCCGUGUGGAUGGAGGGCGCCGGCGUCGGCGGAGGCGAAGCAAAUGAAGAGGAGGGGGAUGGAAGAAGAAGGAGACGGGGCGGGGCGGGGGCCGCAAACGCUGGCCUGCGAGGGGAGAAGAUGGUUAGCAGGGACGACUUCGAGAAGGUCGCAGAGGUGCUCUUGUUGGAUGUAGAAGAAGCGGACGACCAGCAGCUGGACAAAGACGAGGAAGAGCAAAACGAGGACGAGCCAGAAGACGAUGUCACGGCGUCGGGUCGGCGUCGAAGGAUGCCCAGAAGAGCAGCGGCGAGGUCGUCUAGAAAGAGGAACCAGGCGUAUGCCGACGGAGACGGAGACGAUGAUGAGGACGCGAUUGACAUCGGAAGCGGGAGCGAUGGCUACGGUGGGGAAGACAGCGACGAGGUUAGCUACAACUCCGACCCCGGAGAGGCCGUCUCCCGUCGCCGUCGUCGUCAGCCCGCUGGGCAGAAAGCACAGGCGGGCAAAGGGAAGGGUACGCCGAGGAAGAGCGCUACGGGCGGACAAAGACGCAAGAGGUCGAGGAAAGCCGUCGAGUCCGACGAGUCGGAGGAAGGAGACGAAGACGAUGAAGGGGGAGGCGUCGCGCGACUAUCGGCUGGCCAGCGGCGAUACGUCGAAGCCUCUUUCCGGCUCUUCACCGACAAGCUUAGCGAGAUAAGGCCCGGGGCGCCUGAAGCGACGAGGCUGUCUCGACGAGACGUCAAGCUUCUCGUUGACUCUGUCGGAGAAAAGAUGACGGAUAAAGAGAUCGACGAGAUGGUGAGCGAGGGCAUCAAGCUCUUCGCUCCUGCCUCGUCCUCCAAGGCCACUCGCACAACGGCUCAGCACGCAAGGGCGGCAGAGGCUGGCGCAGCAACAGCGCGGGGCCUCGUGGACCGCAGCGAAACGAUAGGCAUCGACGAGUUCGCCGGCAUCCUUGUACAAGCACGCUUGAUUUGACAUACCAUCUGCACGCAAUCUCAUGUCCUCCC